UGUGCGUUGAUUGGACAGUGAUUUCUGUCUACUUCCUGUCUUCCGGUUUCAACGUCAUCUCAAAAACUCUGAUGUGGACACCAUGAUCGGGGAUUUCUUGAUUUUCGGGACUUUGCUGAUGAAUGCUGGAGCAGUUCUCAAUUUUAAACUAAAGAAGAAAGAGUCCCAGGGUUUUGGAGAUGAGUCCCAUGGGCUGACCACAGGGGACAAUAUCAGAGAGUUUCUGCUCAGUCUACGGUACUUCCGGAUAUUUAUUGCCCUGUGGAAUGUGUUCAUCAUGUUCUGCAUGAUUGUGCUUUUUGGAUCAUGAGAAUCCUGAGGACAUAAGAAGACAUAUAUAUUAAGUGUUGUAUAUAUUUUUCAGAAAUGGGGAAAAUGCAUUUGACAAGUUCAUGUCAUUCUUUCUUUUUUACUGAGAACAUUCAAUGCAGAUUGGAGAUUCUGGCAAAUUACUUUGCAAAUCUGUGUAACUGAUUACCGAUUAUGUGUGCAGCAUAAACACACAUAUUGUAAAGAUGUACAGCUUGACUAAGAUUAUUUAGGAAGAUGUAUGUAUGUGUUACACUACAUAUCUUUGAUAAAGUUACCCACCACCAGAGAAUCCUACCCUCAUGUUGUCCUGUGCCAUUUUAUUGACAUAAUUGGCAACAUUGUUUAUUGUAUAUUCAUAGCUUUUAUAAUGUGGCUUAAGGUUGUAACCAUCCACACAUGGUAGACUGUACCAAUAAAGAAUGAACAGCCAGACUCA